UGGAAGUGUAAUGAAUGAAUCAUGUUAAGCCUUCCAACUUAUCCGUGUUACUACCUUAUUUUAUAUAUAUUUUUGCAAACGAAUCUCGCCUACUUCUUGGUAGAACCAAAUGAAAACACAAUAAAGUAUCAAUAGCAACUUGGAGAAGAAUGCAACUAGAGAUGGAUGAUUAUAGUUGUGCUUUAAAAGAUGCGCUGACUGCAUUAAAGAACAAAGAUUUUAGAAGAUUUCAAGAUGCCAUAAAAAAAGUUGAUGUUAAAGAUAUUAAUUACUAUUUCGGAGAUCCUGAGCAUGGCACUUUGCUCGAUUUCGGUUGCAGAACCUUCGGAUCCCAUAAUUUUAUCAAAACUCUUUUAAGUCAUGGUGCUAAUCCUAAUAUUAUCAACCCUCUUAGAAACAGCGCUCCUCUUCACUUUGCUGUGGCAAUAAAUGAUUCUGAAAGCGUGCAAGUUCUCCUGGAUUUCACCGAUACUAAUGUCAACGUUCCGGAUUCCAAGGGCGACACACCACUACACCUGUCUUUAAAGUUGCCUGAUAUGAAAAUUUUCAAUUUACUCCUAAAAGAUAAAAGAGUAAACAUAAAUGCAAUAAACAGAAAAGGAAAGAGUAUUUUGCUGGUUGCUCUUCAAGAGGAUAAUAAAGAUUCCAUAAAAUCCAUUUUGGAAACAGAUAGUUUGGAUUUAAAGGCUGAUCCUAAUUGUUCAAAAGUUUUAGAACUUUUAAAUGACAUUUAUCCCGAAUGGAAUACUUUAUACAAAUUUAAAAACAAUUAUACUUCAGAUUCUUCUAGCUUUAGCAGUUUGUUCUAUUUACUGCAUUCUGGCAAGUACGAUGACUUUAUUUAUCAUAUCAGGCAGAAGGAGGGUGAUAAAGAAUUUUUAGAUUGUAACGACGGAUCACAUACAUUUUUACAAUAUUGUUGUGAAUUUGGUUUACUUGACGUUAUUGAAGAGCUGCUAGCUCUAGAGGUGGACAUCAAUAUGACGCCUAGUACCGACAAGAGAACACCGCUCAUGAUAGCUGCUUUCAAAGGUUACGCCGAUAUUGUUAAGAAGCUUCUUGAAACUAAUAAGUGUUCCUUUGAGCCCAUUGAUCAAGAGACCGUUCUUCAUUAUGUCAUCAAAGGCUCCUCUGAGUCGCCUACUUUAGCAGAUAAUAUUAAGAUUACCAAAGACCAUAAUGCCUGUCUAUCCUACCUCCUCCAAGUGGAAAGUUGUAAAGAAUAUAUUAAUUUUGGUGACGUUAAGGGAAAUACACCAUUACACUUGGCAGCCAAGCAGGGUGAUCGUGAAAUUAUUUUAAUGUGUCUCAAAGCAGGAGCUUCUAUAAACUGUUUCAACAAGUUAGACGAACCUUCUUUCAUGGAUAUCAGUUACAGAACGUUGAAAGAGUAUUUAGACAGUUGCGUCUAUACAAAUAACAAGCCACCACAAGAAGAAUCUUAUGAAAUAAUCUUAAAUUACACUGGCUUGAAACCAGUAUGUUAUCACAAUUUAAGUUUUGACAAUGGAUCAGAAAAUCAAUCAUCUAAAAUUCUUAAUAGUUGUGAAACUUGUAAUAAUUUUGAAACUAAAUCAUUACUGUAUUUAUCUAAAAACAAUGAAUUAAGAAAUUUGCUUAAGCAUCCAGUUUUCACAAGUUUCUUGUACCUAAAGUGGAAUAGGGUUCACAAAUGGUUCUGUAUCAACUCACUAUUUUAUAUAAUUUUUUGGUUAACUCUGACAUCGUACAUCUUGAAUUUCUACCCAGACUUUGAAAGAUCUAAUCCAAAGUCAAAUAGUUCUGUCUCAAUUAAUACAGCAUGGUCUAUCCUUGCGGUGAUGGUCUUCCUCUUGAUGCUUCGCGAACUAGCUCAAUUGUGUAUAGCACCUCUGAAAUAUUUAACAAGUGCAGAGAAUUGGUUAGAAGUUGCUUUAAUAUGCACUACUUUGGCAUUGUUGUGCGCAGGGGGUGAAUCCUCAAUUCAAUAUAAGGUCAGUUUAUCAGCAAUUGGAAUAAUGUUGUCCUGGUUUGAAUUUGUUCUCUUAAUCGGGCGUUACCCAGCAUUAUCUACUAAAUUGGAAAUGCUUAUCACAGUGUCUUGGAACUUUUUAGCAUUUUUAGCUUGGUAUUCUUUUCUUAUAGCUGCUUUUGCUAUUAGCUUUUAUUUAUUAUUCGGAAUACAUGAUUGUUCUGGUGGGGAAAAAGAUGUUUGUAUGAACAAAACAAAUGAAAAUGAUGACGACUUUUUCAGAAAUCCAGGUAUAUCAUUUUUCAAAACAGUUAUCAUGCUCACUGGAGAAUUUGAUGCCUCCUCAAUUCCAUUUGAUGAAAGACCAGGAAUAAGCCAUGUCCUUUUUGUCGCUUUUGUUUUUUUGAUAGCCAUUGUCUUGUUUAAUUUACUUAACGGUUUGGCCGUUAGUGACAUUAAAGAAAUUCAGUCAGAUGCUGAAUUAGUAAGUUAUAUUUCAAGAGUCAAGCUGAUAAGUUAUAUAGAAACUUUGGUCCUAGAUCCAUUACCUUUUAAGAAUAAAAUCUUGGAUUGGAGCCAACUACUUUGCCAAAAAUCAAAUUUUAUCUCUUAUUUAAAAAGUAAAUUGUUCUCAAGGUAUGUAAACAUCUUUCAAAAUGAUAGUUUAAAUGAUUCAUUUGAAAUAAGAAUAUUGCCAAACUUAGGAAACCAUGUUGAAAUCAACCAGUUGAAAUUCUCUAAAAACCGAAAAGAAUCUUGUCUUAGCUGUUGCAAAGGUUGUGAUUUCAUGGAGAUGGAUUCGAAUAUAGUCAAAUCUGUUAAGAAUGUUCUUUCAGAAAGAGUUAUAAAAAAUGAGUUGAAUGAAAUCAGCAAGAAGAAAAGUGAGAAUGAAGAGUUACUAAUGAAAAUGGUCAAAGAGUGUCAAGAUAAUCUACAGUAUUUGAUUGACGCUGUUAAGGAAUGUAAAGAAGAUAUUAAUAAAAUAAAGAGAACAGUCCAACAAUGACAAUGAUUUUUAACACAAGUACAUUUUUAACACUCUUAAUUAGAACUGAUAUUGUGUCUCACUUGCUUGAAUGUGUAUUUUGAACAUAGUGUUAAUUUUAUAUUUCAAAAUAUUUAUUAUUAUUAUUACUAUUUUUUAUUUUAAUUUGUCAUGUAUAAUAUUGUUACGUCUUUUUAAAAAUAUAUAACUGCUACUAUAGAUGGAUGAUAUUAAUAAAUGUAUUUAAUAUAGAUGUUAGCUUAAAGUAUCGGAUAAGGCGCUUUUGAUAAUUUAUGUAUAUGUUUCAGUUUAAUAUUUAAAUACCCUUUUAUCUUAAUUCAUUCCAGUUUGGUUUUAUUUUAGUCUCAAAUCAGCACAAAAAAGAUGUGUGAGCAUGAAUGAAUCAAAUCAUGCAGAUCCUGCUCCUUUCAAUUUAUGAUAGAAAGAUCAUAUUUAUAAUUUUUUUCUAGUCUACUGUGUUUUUGUUAUAUUUGUCAUUCCAUUUAUUGAUUAAAUAAAAACUAUAAAAUAAUUGUUAAACAAUUUAUAAAUUGACUACUGUUUUAAUUAUUCAAGUGGUAUAGAGCUUAUUGUUGUUGGUUUUAUUAUAGUUUAAAUUAAUGUUGUUUAAAUUUUUACAUUUUAUAAAAUAUUUUAGAUUAUUGAUGUUUCUUUCUAACAUUGUUUUAG